AUGGCCAAGGACAAGGAGCGCUCGAUCAACCCAGCGGCCGCCCAGCGAAAGCAGGACAAGCAGAAAAGUCUGAAGAAGGGGAAAGCCGAGGCACAAGCACGUCGCAAUGAGAAACUCGCGCGGCGCAACCCGGAGCGAAUUCAGCGACAAAUCAACGACUUCAAAGCUAUGGAAGAGGCAGGAGAAAAAUUACGACCACGCGACAAGGAGAUCCUGGAAGCACUUGAGAAAGACCUACGGGCCGUGUUAAAAGCACGCGAAGCUCUGGGCGAGAAAGCACCGAAAUUUCCAAGUGGCCAUGGCCCUAGAAGAGACGGAGAUGCAGUGCUCGGCAAGCGGAGGAGAGAUGAGGAACACGGGAGAUAUCCACACGAGAGCGACAGCAGCGAUACAGAUGAGGAUGUACGAAGUAUACCCAUGCCUCGAGAUACACCACCACCUAUCCCACGGCAACCACGGAGACGGGGUCCCGGAGAUACCGAGGAGUCAGCGCGUCGCGGACCACAUGCGCUACCUUCACGGCCACCGGCAGUCGAGCAUAAAACCGUUUACGAAGCCAAGCCUGAAAUUCGAAAUUUACGGCAAGAGGCUGUCAACAAAUUCAUUCCAGCUGCAGUGCGCAUGAAGCAGGACUCCAUUAGGGGGACUGGAAGAUUGCUAGAGCCGGAGGAGAUGGACAAGCUCGAGAAAGCUGGGUACAAUGCUACAGCCCCGGCAGGUCAGCCCUCUGGUACCGGCGAUGAACAAUUAUCAUUGGAAGAAGAGGAGCGACGGUUCAGACAGGAGAUGAAGACUGUACAGAUAGAAGAAGUGGAGGACGAGGAGGCAUAA